CUUCAAUCAGUCAAGAUACUGUUUCCCUCCCUACACAACGGGCACCUCUUCUAUCCGAAGGUAACAAGUGAUUCAAUACCAGACGGUAAAGCAGGCCACAGUUUUGCCAUAUCGCUCAUUAUGUCCAAACAUUGGGAGCAAAAUAAGGAUGCCACUGUUUACGUGGGCAACAUCGACGAGCGCUUCUCUCAGGAGCUCCUCUCGGAGCUCAUGACCCAAGUCGGGCCAGUUCGACAGGUGCACAUGCCACAGGACCGAGUCUCCCAGACCCAUCAAGGCUACGGCUUCGUCGAGUUCGACACCCCGCUGAGCGCCGACUAUGCCUCCAAGGUCCUGAACGGCAUCCGGGUAUGGGGCAAGCCGAUCCGCGUAAACAAGGCCAGCGCCGACAAGCAGAAGGCAGUGGACAUUGGGGCCGAGCUGUUCAUCAACAACCUCGACGGCCAGGUCGACGAGAAGAUCCUGUACGACACCUUCAGCCAGUUUGGCCAGAUCCUGCGCCAGCCGAACAUCGUACGCGACGAGAACAACAUCUCCAAGGGCUACGGCUUCGUUAGCUUCGAUAGCUUCGAGGCUAGCGAUGUGGCACGGGACACCAUGAACGGCCAGUAUCUACUAAGCAAGUCGAUCACGGUCGAGUAUGCGUACAAGAAGGAUGGCAAGGGCGAACGACACGGCGACGAGGCAGAGCGCAAACUGGCUGCCGAGGGAAAGAAGCACAACAUUGUCCCGGAGCAGCAGACCCUCCCGCCCGCCUUCCACAUGACAGGUCCAGCAGCAGUUACGAGUGGCCCUCCCGGAACCUUCGGCGAUGGAGGCCUUGGCGCCGUCCCCGGCAGUGUCCCUUCGCUCCCGCCGGCCGGCAUGGCUCCCGUCGGAUUUGGAGGUCCGCCCGGUCCGCCAGGUGGCCCUCCCCGUGGUCCCCCGCCCGCAUUCAACGCCGUGCCGCCCCCCGGCAUCCCGGCCGGCCGCUCCGCCGUUCUCCCCCCCGCGCCCUCGGGCCUGCCAGCUCGGCCCCCUCCGAGCCAAGCCGGAUUCGGCGGCCCGAUGGGCGACUUCCACCCCGGCUCGCAUGGCUUCCGCGGCGGGCCACCACCCGCGAACGCGCCACCCGUCUACCCCGGCGCCGGCGGCAUGCCCCCGCCGGCUGGGUUCCCUGGCGGUCCUGCGCCGCCUCCGGGGUUCAUGCCGCCUCCGGGGUUCGCCCCACCUGCUGGAGCACCACCGCCGAAUGGCUUUGCUCAUCGUUAAAAGCUGCGGAUGUGAAGUCCGGGGCUGCUUUUUCUCGCGGCCCUUAGCGGCAUAGCGCAGCCGCGGUCGCGUUGACAGCGCGGCGCUGCUCAAUACGCAGGAAUC